ACCGGUGUAGUCGUUCGUGUUUCUGUUCGCUCAGGUCGGCGGAUUUGUUUUGAUGUUACAUCAGAAAGAGUGAUCGCAGUGGUGCUUCGAAAAUUUAAAUAAUUUUCGUGAAUUUUCGCUGAAGUUCUCCUAGUUCACCCAAUGUCUGAAAAAGAGUCCAAGCAAAAAACCACACCGCCCAUUCCGAACGCGGUAAUCGACCGCCAGGGCGAUGGUGAUGGGAAACAAUGGGGUUACGAUUUGUAUCCGGAGCGGCGAGGCGAAAGGUACAAACCCAGCUGGGGCCGGGUGCUGCUCGGAAUCGAAGGCACGGAAAACCUGGACAAAAUCAAGUGCGAACGGAACGUGUACUCCUGCAUCAAAAACAGCCCAAUGGUGAAGCUUAUGAUGGGCGCCCUGAAGAGCUCGGGAUGCGCAAUCGACAUUCGGCGGCACAUUGCUUGCGAAGUGUGCGAUGUGUCCGUUAGCGGAGGCUACGAUCCGGUGCUGAAUCAGGUGGUUGUCUGUCAAAACAUUGCCCGAAACGAGGGCAUCGUGCAGGGAGUGCUAACCCACGAGAUGAUUCACAUGUUCGACUACUGUCGGAACGAUUUGGACUUCAAGAACAUCGACCAUCUGGCCUGUACGGAAAUUCGGGCCGCCAACCUAACGCACUGUUCGUUCAUGAGCGCCUGGACUCAGGGCGACGCGUCGCCUUUCAAGAUCAAGCAAGCACACCAGGAUUGUGUUAAAACCAAAGCACUCAACUCGGUGCUGGCGGUGAGGAAGGUUACCACAGAGGAAGCCAUUGAGGCCGUCGAAAGGGUAUUUCCCAAAUGUUACAACGAUUUGGAACCGAUCGGCCGUCGGAUACGAAGGAAUUCCAAGGAUAUGUACAAAGCGUACCUGGAGGGGCCCAUGUACGGAUAUGACGUCGACUAGUCGGUAAGUUUUUGCGCAGUUUUACGGUCUAGUAAAUUUAUGAAAUUUUAAA